AAAACUGCGAUUUGAGUUACAGUGUUGCAACGCAGUGAAGAAGGCGCGGAGUGGGUGCGCGGAGUUUUCUCUUCACAGAACUACUUUUUGUUGUUUCCUCCAACUUUAAGUUAAGCCGGAGCGCUGGUUUUGUGUAUCUGUAAGUCUUAAAGUUUCAAAAUGUCCAGAGACCUCAGGCCAAAGCUGUGCGUCUUAGAAAAAGGGGACAACGGCUACGGGUUUCAUCUUCACGGGGAAAAGAACAAACCAGGUCAGUUCAUUCGGCAUGUGGAGCCCGACUCUCCUGCCACUGCCGCGGGUCUGAUGGCCGGGGACAAACUGGCGUUCGUGAACGGGGAGAAUGUGGAGGACGAGAAGCAUCAACAGGUGGUGGCCCGCAUACGAAACAUCACGGGCAAACUAGAGCUCAUCGUGGUGGAUGCAGAGACCGCACAACUGCUGCAGAAGCACAACUUGAAGUGCCAGAAAGAGUAUGUGACUGAUGGGAUACCCAUACCGAGCCGUGCUGGAUCGGACGAUGAAGAUGAGAUAAAGAACGGCACACCAAGGGAGUCCACCCCCGUCCCGGAGACAAAUGGGGACAUACGCAUGGAUAGACUGAGCGUGAGCUCCAAGGAAUCUAAGAACGAGCUGCGUCCACGUCUCUGUCACAUGAAGAAGGGUGCCACCGGGUAUGGCUUUAACCUGCACACAGAGAAGACAAAACCUGGCCAAUACAUCAGGGCGGUGGAUGAGGACUCCCCAGCAGAGAAAUCUGGACUUCGGCCCCAAGAUAAAAUAGUGCAGGUAAAUGGCGUUCCUGUGCACACAAUGCAGCAUACAGAAGUGGUGGCGGCCAUUAAGGCAGGAGGAGAUGAAACCAAACUGCUGGUAGUGGAUCCAGAGACAGACGCCUUCUUCAACAGCUGUGGUGUCGUUCCAACUGAGAAACAUCUCACAGGUCCUCUUCCAGAUCCUGAUUCGAGCCAUGAGGCAGUAGAACAGGUGAAUGGAAAAGCAUCCCAGGAAGAAAAGCCUAAAGUAGCCAUGAGUUUGUCAAACUCCAGCUCCUCCUCCAACACCUCCGCUUCUGCAUCUCCAUCCAGCGCCUCAGCACCAGAGGCGAAACCCAAAGCGAAGGCCUCAAGUGAUGACGCAGGACUAUCUCUGAGCCUGUCGCUGCAGCAGGCCAAGGAACGCGCUCACCAGAAACGCUCCAACAAGAGAGCCCCGCAGAUGGACUGGAGCAAAAGAAACGAGCUCUUUAGCAACCUCUGAGCCUCUUUUGUGCCUCCCUGCUUCCUCUCACCCCUGUUUCUCUUUACUUCCUCUCCCCCUCUACAAUUGUCUGUCCCAUCAUGCCUCUCUGCUCCUUUGUUUUCUCUUUUUUCUGUUUCAGUACACUUGCACACAAUUAGAAACCCUUUCACGUGUAUAUUUUAAACCAGUGUUAUUUCACUUCUGUGAUUUCUCAAUCUGUUGAUUUUUAAUGUUUGAUCAACUUUUGAUUUACCUCUAUAUCACUCAUAUAAGAUGAAAUAUAUGAUUUAACAUUACUGUAUAAUGUACAGUCUAGAAUAUAAUUUUUUUUAAAAAAAGAAGAAAGCUUAAAUGAUAUCUGAAGCAUAUAUGUAUAUUCUCUUUGCUUAUUGAUGCAGUAUUGAUGGCCCUUUGAGAGAGCUGUAUCGCGUCUGAAAAGUUUCUUCAGGACUAGUCUUAACCAUAGAGUUUUGAAGUAACUUCUAGAGCAGCAGCAAUCCAUUGAUGUUUCUUUGUGUGUGUGUAUGGUUAUGAUCAGUUCAUAACAUGUCAUGAAGUAUAGAAACUGCAGCCUUUUAAUUUUAUAAAUGUGAGCUGUUUAUGGUUUGGGACCCAUUAACCACUGAAAUGAUAGCGAUUGACUGAGUUUGACUGUUGUCCGAUAAAUCUUCUCAUUAAAGGUUUUAUUUAAAGUG